AUGUCUGUAGAAAUGGAUCAAUUAUUUGGUUUAAUUCAAGUUUCUUCAUCAAUUAAGAUAAAACGAUCAGACGGACGAGUACAUUUAGCUAAAGUAGUACAACUCUCCGCGGAAUCAAAAUCUGUUGGUGUUGAAUGGAAUGAACAUGGAGAAGUGAAAGGAAAAGAAAUUUUACUUGAUCUUGUAUUUGAACUUAAUAAUGAAUUAAGACCAACUACAUCGUCAUCAAAACAAUCAUCAAUAGUUGUCAAUCAACAAAUUCGUCCAACAGCUGCUAUUCCUGCUCCAUCCACUGGUCUAUCAUCAAGUCGAUUAACUUUAGAUAUUGAUUCAUUAGAACGAGAAUAUAAUUCUCGACCACCACCAACACUUCCACCGCAAUUAUUACAAAGAAUUCAACAAAAUCCUGUAUCUAUUCAAACAACUUCAACACCGCUUCCACCGCCACCAUUAAAUGGUACAAUCUCAGCUACAACACAACCAAAAACAAGUUAUGCACCAUCCGGAACAAAUAAUACUGUUGCUGUUAAGAAUUUGUUUGAGCAGCAGGACGACGUAUUGAACGAACAGCCACAAUUACAAAUUCCACUUCCAGUAAAUAAUAAAGGUGACCGUCGUCUUUCUCGUCUUCAUAUUGUACAACAAUCAACAACAACCACAACAAUGCAAAGUACAACUAUAUCAAGUGUACCUGAUCCACCACCAUCCAUUGGUUUACAUGGUCCAUUUGGACAAAUGAUUCUUGAUUAUCGUUCAACAAUUAAUUAUAUUCCAAUAACAGUUUCUAAUAUGAAAGAAUAUCAAUUUAAUCAAAAAGAUUUACGUAUAUGUGUAGCUGUUCGAAAACGUCCAUUGAAUAAACGUGAAAUAGCUAAAAAAGAUAAUGAUGUUAUAACAAUUCCUAAUAAAGAUCAUUGUCUUGUUCAUGUACCAAAAUCUAAAGUUGAUUUAACGAAAUUUCUUGAUAAUCAAACAUUUAAAUUUGAUUAUACAUUCGAUGAACGAUCUACAAAUGAUCUUGUCUAUCGUUAUACUGCAGCACCAUUGAUUGAUACAAUUUUUAAUGGAGGAAAUGCAACUGUUUUUGCUUAUGGUCAAACAGGAUCUGGUAAAACAUUUACAAUGGGUGGUGAUUUAUCAUCUGCAAAAGCUGAUUAUACACAUGGAAUUUAUGCUCAAACAGCACGUGAUAUAUUUCAACGUCUAGCAUUACCACAAUAUCGUUCAUCUGUAGAAAUAUUUGUUACAUUUUAUGA